UAUUUCUUCAAUAUAAAGACUUUCUUGAAUAAGACUAGGUAUGUUUUCGAUUAGUUCACUAUUCGUGAAUUAUUGUACACUCUUUGAACUUAAAGUGAAAUAAGUACAUGUUUGAUAUUUGACAAAAACGAGAAAGAAAGCUUUAAAGUUUAAAAUAUAGAAAACAGAUGUAUUAAUUCAAAAUUGAAUUCUCCAAUGAUCGGCACUCGACAGACGGCGCUCACCGCGUCUUGUUAUCUCCCGUAGAAAAUCAAAGUAUCGCGCAUGUGAAUGAUCGGAUUUUUCAUAUUUAUUGUUUAAAACAACAUCUCUUCAUGCACAACUCGGCUCUGCGAGUCUUUAAACGGUUCUACGAACCGUUGCUAGGCACUGCAACGGUUGAAGCAAAGACCUGCAUAGAUUCGUUGAUCAUCAGACACAAAAUGCAAAUAGCAAUGUUAGACGACGAGAAGUUGAGAGACUUGGAUGUUCCUGCGCAAGAGGAAAUUAAUUCGAUAUCCUGGCUACGCACUGUGGCUCCUGCCUUUCCAGUGAAUGGCUCGAAGGUCACUAUAAUUCACAAGCCACAAGUGUUCUAUAGCACUUUGUUAGAAAAAUGCAGGCACGCCAAGAAGAGAAUCACAUUAGCCUCAUUGUACUUGGGCACCGGCACCUUGGAGACCGAGCUGGUGAGGGUGAUAGAACAAGCAAUGAGCACGAAUGGCGGCAAUGUCCAAGUACGAAUCCUGCUGGACUAUAUGAGAGCCUCCCGGGGCAAGCAGAAUUCCCGAAAGAUGUUGGAGCCGCUGCUUAAGGGCAAAUGCGGAGAUCGCUGCAAGGUUUUCCUCUACCACACGCCGAAACUGCGCGGUGUGAUGAAAGCGGCAAUCCCGGAUCGCUUUAAUGAGCUCAUUGGUUUGCAACACAUGAAGCUGUACAUGAUUGAUAAUGACUUGAUCAUUAGCGGGGCGAACCUCAGCAAUGAUUACUUCACGAAUCGACAGGAUCGGUACUUCGUUAUAGAAGAUUGUGAGGAGCUUUGCAACUUCUAUAACAAAUUGGUCGAAAAAGUCAUGGAGUUUAGCUUUUUGUUACAACCCGAUGGCAAUACGAGCUUGAAUCCUACUGUAAACUGUCAUCCUUACAAAGGAUCCGGUAAAGUCUUUACCCAAGAAGCAACGUCCAAGAUACAUACAUUCUUACAGAAUGAAAUAAAAAAGAAUGCUGAACUCAAUGAAGAUGCAGACACGUGGGUAUUUCCAUUAGUGCAAAUGGGUCAGUUGAACAUUUAUCACGACAGCGAAGUAACAUUGAAGCUCUUGCAAGCUGCUCCAGAAGGAGCGACGCUCAAAUUAGCGACCGGUUAUUUCAACCUGACCUCUGACUACAGUCAAGCUGUGCUUGGAGAUUGUCGGGCAACAUGUCACUUUUUGACAGCACACCCCACCGCCAAUGGUUUUUUUAAUGCCAAGGGAAUUGCUGGAGGAAUACCAGCGGCGUAUACCAGGAUAGAGGAAUCCUUUUAUAAUUUAUGCGAGAGAAUGAAUCAGCAAAGAAGGAUAACAUUAUGGGAAUUUGUCAAACCGGAUUGGACGUACCAUGCUAAGGGUCUUUGGUACAUUUCGCCAGGUCAGCGAAAACCCUCGUUGACCCUCAUAGGCUCGCCAAACUUCGGUUACAGAUCGGUGAAUAGGGAUCUCGAGACGCAGAUAGCUGUGGUAACAAAAAACGAAAAGUUGCAAGACGCGCUGCACGAAGAGCAGACGCGAUUGUUCUCCUGUGCUAAACCUGUCACGAGAAAGACGUUCUCGCAACAGGACAGAAUACCACCAGCCUGGGUAUGCGCAGUUGUACUCUUUUUUCGCUAUUACUUUUGAGGCCAAAAUGCCUUUGCGAGAAAAGGGAAAUCCCGUAUAUUCUGAAUUUAUUUAUAUAGUUUAAUUAUAAUUACAACAUAUACAAUAAGUACAGGAUUUUGCAUUAAUAUUUAAUUGAUACACGAACGAUGAAAUUGUCCACAUGAAUUUUUAUCCCUAGACAUUUUUAUUGUAUAUAAUUUGUAAUUAUUUAAAAUGUUUUUUUUUUAUAAAGACUUCGUUUAUAGAACACAAUUUUUCUAUGCACGGAAUAAAAAAAAAGUUGUUUUGGGAUUAAAA